GCAGGCCCCGUCUGAUUCCUCAAACCUCAAUCACUGCAGCUUCAGUGACUGAUAAAAUUAAUUAAAGAUCAGAGAGGAGGAGAAAUAUUUGAGAACUGAAGGCGAUGGCGGCUGCUCGUAGGAUCACUUCCAGUAUUAUCUCUCGCUGCUUAUCCGCUUCUCCUCGUUCUAUUCUCCUCAGAGGAGGUGCCUCAUCCGGAAUUCAAAGGUAUGGCACUGCUGCUGCAGUUGACGAGCAACCGAUCACACCACCCGUCAAAGUAGAGUACACAAAGCUUUUAAUAAAUGGAAAUUUUGUGGAUUCGGCUUCAGGAAAGACUUUUCCGACCUUGGAUCCUAGAACCGGGGAAGUUAUUGCUCAUGUUGCAGAAGGAGAUGCUGAAGAUGUCAACCAUGCUGUUGCUGCUGCUCGCAACGCAUUCGAUGAAGGACCCUGGCCAAAGAUGCCCGCUUAUGAAAGGUCACGCAUAUUGCUAAGGUUUGCGGAUUUGAUUGAGAAGCACAAUGAUGAAAUUGCAGCGCUAGAAACUUGGGACAACGGGAAGCCUUAUGAACAGGCUGCCCAGGUCGAAAUUCCUAUGCUAACACGUUUCAUGCGCUAUUAUGCUGGUUGGGCGGACAAGAUACAUGGGCUUGUUGUCCCGGCUGAUGGUCCCCAUCAUGUACAAGUUCUUCAUGAGCCGAUUGGUGUUGCUGGUCAGAUCAUUCCAUGGAAUUUCCCACUCCUUAUGUUUGCUUGGAAGGUUGGACCAGCACUAGCAUGUGGAAACACAAUUGUACUUAAGACUGCAGAACAGACGCCUUUGUCUGCUUUAUAUGUUGCGAAGUUAUUGCAUGAGGCAGGGAUUCCUGAAGGUGUUUUGAACAUUGUCUCUGGUUUUGGUCCUACUGCUGGUGCAGCUCUUGCCAGUCACAUGGAAGUCGAUAAGCUUGCUUUUACUGGAUCAACUGAUACUGGCAAGAUCGUACUUGAAAUGGCUGCGAAAAGCAACCUUAAGCCUGUGACGCUGGAGCUUGGAGGCAAGUCUCCGAUGAUCGUGUUGGAUGAUGCUGAUGUUGAUAAGGCGGUAGAGCUUGCACAUAGUGCAUUGUUCUUCAAUCAGGGACAAUGCUGCUGUGCUGGGUCUCGUACUUUUGUACAUGAAAGCAUUUAUGAUGAGUUUGUGGAAAAAUCGAAAGCUCGUGCUCUGAAACGUGUUGUUGGUGACCCUUUCAGAAAGGGCGUGGAGCAAGGUCCUCAGAUUGAUGAUGAGCAAUUUAAUAAGAUCCUUCGCUGCAUAAGGUCAGGUGUGGAUAGCGGUGCUAACCUUGUGACUAGAUAUGGCAGCAAGGGCUUCUACAUUCAACCCACCAUUUUCUCCGAUGUCCAGGAUGAUAUGGCCAUUGCCAAGGAAGAGAUCUUUGGACCAGUGCAGAGCAUCCUAAAAUUUAGAGACCUCGAUGAAGUGAUAAAGAGAGCUAAUACCACUCGCUACGGCCUAGCUGCUGGAGUUUUCACAAGCAACCUUGACAACGCUAACACUCUAAUCCGAGCAUUGAAGGUUGGUACCGUGUGGGUUAACUGCUUCGAUGUUUUUGAUGCAGCAAUUCCUUUCGGGGGAUUCAAGAUGAGUGGCCAAGGAAGAGAGAAGGGCAUUGACGGCCUUAAGGCCUACUUGCAGGUUAAGGCAGUUGUUACUCCUCUCAAGAAUCCUGCUUGGUUGUAGGUGUUGUUUACAUAACCCCAUGAAUUUUAAACUUAUCUGAUGAGACAAUGACGAAAAUAAUGCUGUAUCCCAUGAAUAAGGGCUUUGGUUUGGUUAUGAAUUGUUUUACAUCAAGCAGCUUGUGUCUAAUGUUGUUCUACUUUUCAGUAUAAAUUAUGUACGAUAUUUUAUUUUCGUGGUCGCUAAUCUUAUGUGCAUAUAGGACUCAAUA